AUGCCUGUUAUGAGAAGACCUUUGAUGGAAUAUUCUGGAAGAGACAGUAGUCGACAGAAUCGAAGAGACAGUAGAGAACGACGGGGAGAGAGAAGAGGCGAUUCACGGUCGAGACGGGGUGGAGAUGAGAGAGAUGGAGAGACGUCGUUCAGUAGAAGAGGAGAAGAUAGAAGAGGAGACAGAUAUCAUCGAGAUGAUCAGAAUUGGAGACCAUCAUCAUCGUCGAGUCGCCAAAUUUGCCACGCAUUUCAGCGAGGAAAUUGCAGAUUCGGCCCGAGAUGCCGCUACAUUCAUCAGGAACAAAUGCAACAAUUCAAUGCGAAUGCGACAAUGUUCGCCGCUCCUCCGUCGUCCGAUUCGAUCGCCUUCUAUCAUCAUAAUACCACUCAAACCUAUAUGAUGCCAUAUUUCAUCGCCCCGCCCUCUUCUCAAGCUCCGCCCCCUCAAUUCAUGCAACCAUGUGAUCUGAAUCAAUCGAUUCCCGUCUAUCUAUCGGCUCCGCCCCCUCAUCAAAUGGGAACCACCUACUAUUGCGCCCCGCCCCCAAUGUCACAGACGCCAGUUAUGGAUCAGAGCAUGAUGAUGAUGGAUCAAAGUAUGAUGAUGGGUCCCGCAACGACGACUACAGUAUUCCCAGAUUUCUCAUUGCCACCGCCACAACUUAUGUCAUAA